AUCCACAUCCUCUCCGUCUCAGCGAUCGAAGAGAGUUCGCAGCCAUUUUCGGCUCCAGCAAUCGUUCUGCUUACAACACCCACAACUCCAACAGAAAGAGUGAAAGCCAUCGUAGAAGCUUCAGAAGGUUUCAUAUAUCUUGUGAGCUCUGUUGGAGUUACAGGUGCCCGUUCAUCAGUUAGUUCACGUGUUCAACAUCUCCUACAGGAACUUAAAGAGGUUCCUGAUGGGUACUCAUCGAAUAUUUCACGAUGCGUAAAUCUCAAAGAGCGAAAACUUUCAAAUCUUAAAAGUCACGAUUGUCACAUUUUGAUGCAAGAUAUCUUUCCAUUGGCUUUAAGAUCGUCAGCACCGAAACAAGUUUUUGCAAUUGUUUCUCAAUUAUCAUCAUUCUUUAAGGCAUUAUGUUCCAAAGUUCUUGAUCCUAAGGAGCUUGAUCAAUUGGAGUCUAAUAUUGCACUUACACUAUGCAAUAUGGAAAAGAUCUUUCCUCCUGGGUUUUUUACUAUUAUGGUUCAUCUACUCAUUCACUUAGCGGCGGAAGCUAAACUUGGUGGCCCGGUUCACUACCGAUGGAUGUAUCCUAUUGAGAGGUUUCUUAUGCGCUUAAAAGAUUAUGUACGCAAUCGAGCCUAUCCCGAGGGCUCGAUUGCUGAAGGAUAUAUUGCUGAGGAGUGUUUGACAUUUUGUUCGAGAUAUCUUGAAGGUAUUGAAACGGUUUUCAAUCGACCUCAAAGGAAUUGUGAUAUCAUAGAGAAUGCAGAUGUUUACAAGUUCUCAUCUGGCGGAAGAGUUUUGGGAAAAGUUGAAAGUGUUGUUCUUGACCAGAAAUCGUUGGCACAGGCAUAUCGCUAUGUCUUACUUCAUAGUGAUAUAAUAUCCGAGUCUCGCAGGUUAGAUGUCUAA